AUCUCUUAAUCUGUAUUUGGAGAACUAGUCUGUCACUGUCAGUGUCAGUGUAAAAACGUUGAACGGAUCUACUGUUGAUGAUUUUGCAUUAAAGAUGGGAGAUGGAAUUAAAAAAGUGUGUAAUCUCUACACUUGGACCCUUGAAUCUUAUUUAUCAAUCAACACGCUUGAACAAUAAAAUCAAUACCAUAGUUUAAUAAUUCUCAAAACUAACCCAACGGUUUAAAACCUAUAAUAUAAAUAUACUACAAAUAUCAACAGAUAAACCAAAAUGGACCUAAUCAUAACAGGAACAGGAACAGCUGAUAGCUAAUUUCAGGAACACCUCUAUGUAACAGUUACUGUAUACCGGUUCUCAAAUACCGAUUCAGAUCUGUUACUAACAUCUUUAACACAUGUUAUUAAAAUUAACCAAACAAUCCGUUCAAAGUUGGAAAUUGUUAUUUGUUAUGAGGUGAAAUUAGAUAAACGGAAAUAAAGGUAAAAUUUAAUACACUAGAGUUAAAAUUUGAUAAUGCAUAACAGCCAUACUAUAAUGAAAGCAAAAUACGGUUAUAAUACAGUGUAAACUUUAAAGAAACCCCAAGUUUCUAGAGGCUUCUCUGAUCAGAAUAAUCAUACAGAACAGGAAGAAACGAAGAUGCAAGUGGAUGAUCCCCCCUAUUUGUCUGUUGGAACUGCAGUCAGUGCUAAGUACAAGGGGGCUUUCUGUGAGGCCAAAGUUAGCAAAGUUGUAAGGCUUGUUAAAUGCAAGGUAUCCUAUAAAUUAGGAUUGGGAACAGCAACACUUACUGAUGAACAGAUCAAAGGUACUCUCAGAGUUGGCCAGAUAGUUCAAGCUAAGCAUCAAGACAAAAAAGAACUUGUUGAAGCUACAAUAAGUAAAAUUCAGGAUUGUAGUCAGUAUACAGUUGUAUUUGACGAUGGUGACAUAACAACUUUAAGGCGCACUGCGCUAUGUUUAAAAAGUGGAAGGCAUUUUAAUGAGAGUGAAACUUUAGAUCAAUUGCCUUUAACACAUCCAGAACAUUUUGGAAAUCCUGUGGUAGGUGGAAGAAGAGGUAGAAGAACUAGACAACCCAAGGAAGACAGUAGUGAUGGAGAGGCAGAAGAAGAAAAUGAACCAGAUCUAGAGGCUUACCUACUGGAUCUUAAACGUGUAGUUAGUGUAGAAACCACAGAAAAGAAGAGAACAAAAGAUAAUUGGUUUCCUGGUCUGGUUGUUAUUCCGUCAGCUCAGCCAACGGUUCGGAUUAAUAUGAAAGAUGAAUAUUUGAUAAGAUCAUUCAAAGAUGGAAGAUAUUAUACCGUUCCGAAAAAGGAAGUAAACCAAUUUAAUAGAGAACUAGCGGAAAAAGUCGACAAUCCAAGCUUAGCAGAAGCUAUCCAAAAAGCUGUAAGGUUCCUUGAUCACAACGAGCUUCCUCCGCAUUGGGAAAAAAGCUCACUUUUUCAUUCACAUUCCGUGGAUAGUGAAAGUGAAGAAAAUUAUAGUGAUAGUUCCGAUGACGAACCGACUGAAGAAAAGGAUCGGUUUGUGGCACAGUUGUACAAAUUUAUGGACGAGGCCAACACACCACUUAACAAAACACCAACCAUCUCCAAUCAAGACAUAGAUUUACAUAGACUGUUCAGACUUGUAGAAAAGAUGGGUGGAUACAAUCGUGUUACAAACCAAAACAAAUGGAGAACUGUCACUCUUCGUUUACAUCUUCCUGGAAGCCAGAACAUUUUUAACCAAGUAAAGGCAGUGUAUAAGAAAUGUCUUUCGAGUUAUGAAACCUUUUAUAGAACAUUGGGUGUGACGAUGUUGAAUCAUACCCGACCCACAAAGAAAAAUAAAGGAAGGAGUUUGAUCCGUGAUCGGGAUAGAGCCUCAAUACAUAGUCCCGCUCCAGAAAAAGAAGAACCACCUGAAGAGAAGAAAGAACAACCUACAACAUCAAAGGAACCUCCACCAGAAACACCAAAACCGAAAAGAGCAGAAAAGAGAAAAGCACCUGUGGCUGUUGUAGCGGAGGUCAGUGAUACCAAUUCCAGUGAUACUACUGAACAAAUAGAAGCGGCGAAAGAAGUAACGAGGCCGAAAAGAGAGAGGAUAGAAAGUAAGACUGUUCCCAGUAAAGAGAAAAAAGGAAAGGCUGUGCCUACUGAUAAAGUAAAAACUCUGGUGGAGAAAUUUGAAGAGCAAGCCAAGAAAGAAGAAGAAGAAAAGGUACAAAACACUCGUUCAAAAGCUCAAUCAAAGCAAAAGGAUGUCGUCGCUGCACCUGUUGAAGAGCCAAAAAAAGAAAAGGAGAAAGAAAAAGAAAAGAAGCCUGAACCCAAAACUCCCAAAGUGACCAAGCAACCUGUCGUCAAACAAACUAAUAAACCUGUCGCUCCUCCCGUUCCAACCGAGGAAGAAAAAAAGAAAGGUAAAAAACGCGUUGCUGAAGAAAAACCAGCCGUUGUAGAAAGUGUGUCCAAUGAACCAUCUGCACCUAGUAUUAAUAUUGGAGAUAAGUUGAAAGUAUUCUACGGUUCAUCUAACGAUUCAAAAGUAACUUAUGAAGCUAAAGUUAUUGAGAUUGACAAGGACCAAGCAGGACAAGUUGUGUAUUUAGUACAUUAUACAGGAUGGAAUACGAGGUACGAUGAAUGGAUUCAACCUCAACGGAUCGCAGAAAAUUUAAGCGCGACGAAAAAAGCCAAACGAUCGAGACAAAACGCUAACGCUUCGCCAAGCAGUGCUAAAAAUCAAACCCCCAAAGCGCUUGCUAAAAGAACGAGAGUGUCAUCAAUGUCUGCGAGAUCAUCCACGACGGAACCUCCUCGAUCUACUACUCCUUCUAGCGUAACUUCGUCAGGAAGCCGCACCAAAAGUCCUGCUACACCUGCUACUCGCUCGACUGCUAGAUUAAGACAAGAUUCAACAAAACGUACUCGAAGAAUUUCUGCACAAACAGACGUCUCAGCCCACACCGAUUCGGAAAGUGAGGCAACUGGUAGCGAUUCUGAGGCUCCAAGAACUAGAAGUAAUACGAAAUCAGAAAAUGACUCAGAGAUUAAAACUUAUCGAAGAAGACCUCCUCGAAUUCUCACAACGCCGAAAGCGGAGAAAAACAAAGAACCAGACGGCGAGGAAACUGUCAAAGAAGAACAGGAUCAGAAGCCGUCCAGAUUUUCCAGAAGGAUCAGGCGGUCUCCAGAGAAAUCAGCCGAAGAAAGUGAAGAUGACGGCAAUCCUCCAAAAGGUCGGGACUUUGAUCUUAAUCAAAUCAGAUCCGAAUUAAAAGGAUUCACAAAAGCUAUAAAGCUACCUACCUUGGAUGCUGGAGAUGAUAAAGAAGUUUGUUCUUCAUCUGAUGAAUCAGAUUCUGGUCCUCCGCCAUUGGAAAAGUCAGUGAUCGAAGAAGAAAUUGACGAGAAGAAGGAAAAACCUUUAGAAAAGUCCUCAAGUUCCGAAGAUGUGUAUGAGUUUAAAGAACCUGAACCGUUCGAGUUUGAAAGUAGAACAAAAUUGGGAGAGGAGAAGAAACGUUUAUCAAGAAGCAUUUUUGACGAUCUGGACAAGCCUGUUAAACCUAGAACUGUGAAUAUACUGUCUGACAAAAAACCGCCUAUAUCUUUGAGGAAAGAUGAAUCCGACGAUUCAGACAACGAAGACGAAGAAGAAACAGUGAUCGAAAUGUCGCCCCCUAAAGAGGAAGAAGAUCCGUUCGAUAAACUCGUCGUAUCUCCCAGUUUUAAUUUGAUUAAAACAAGCGAUAAAGUAAUCGAAAACAAGGAAAAAGUCGUCAGGAAUAUUUCUGAUGACUCUUUGAGUCUCUUCAGAGAUCUUCCACCAGAUGCUUCGGAUGAUUAUAGUGGUGAUAUGGAGUUGUCAGAUUGUGAAUCGCAGACUCAGAUUUUUACGACCAGUCCCGAAAAAAUGGCUCGAGUGGAAAGUAUAUUCGGGGAUAGUAAUUUUUCGAAACCAUCUCCAGAUCAAAAUACUUUGGAUUUAGAGUUUUCGUCAUUAGGCAAAACAGAUGAGGGAGGAGCUUCUUAUCCUUCAGAUGAAGAUUCCAUAAGAGAACAAAUCCAGAGAGUUAUCGCUCAAAGCUCUUCCACUGAUGACGACAGUAAUGAUGCUGUAACUCUUCCGCCAUCUACAGUUAGUUUCCAGAUAAAAAAGAAGGACACUGAACCCCUGACUACAAUGUCAAGUAUUUUAGGAAUUAGUGUAUGCGAACCCGUCCCGAAGGGUGAACCUGAAGAAGUUGUUAAAGAGGAAGAGCCAAAGAAAGAGGUUGUUUCGACGGUCAUUCCUGAAGUUGUUGAAGAAAAACCUCCUGUUGUAGAAAAACAACAAACCACAUCUCCAAUACUACAAGAAACUGAUAGUCCAUUACUCGAAUCGACAGUAUCUCAACAGCCCGUAUCCAACGUUAAGUUGGAGGAAACUACUAAAGAAAUAAGUACUGUAAAAACUGGAACAAAAAUUAUUGAUUCCAUUAUUCAAAAAUUCAAUGCAAUUAAAAAAGAAACCGCAGGCAAAUCUUCACCGAAAAGGGAACCUGAACAAAAGGAAGAAAUUAAAGAAAAACUUGAAACUCCUCGUUCUCCUGUUAAAGACGAAGCUAAAUUCGAACCUGAAGAACCUAAAUAUUCUCCAGAACAAAAACAAGAACUGCCAGAGCCAAUGGUAGAGGACAAAGAAGAAGAAGACGAUGAAGAAAUGGAGGAGGAAGAGGAAAAUCCGUCGUCUGCUGCGGAGGAAAAUUCGAAGAUAAGUUCGUCGAUGAAUAAAUCCGAUACACCUGAUUCGAAAAAGAGGAAGAAAGUACUUAGUAGAGCAUUUAUUGAGGAUAGUGAAACUGACAGUAGCGAUUCUGAACAGUUGGUAAUAGCUAGGUCAGAUGAGGACUCUCAGACAAUGUCAGUGGAUAUUAAGUUGCGACCAGAUCCGAAAGAAAGUGAUAGUAGUAAUAUGUUUAACCAGCUUCAGACCACCGACGAUUCACAGUCACGGGAGGAUAUUGAAUUUAACUUUGAUAUUAAAAAGGAGGUGAGGAAUUUAUCUCCUCCCACAAUAGAAAAAGAUGACAAGACUGAAGAGCCAGAAGCUUCGAAAGAAGAAGAACCCGAUCCAAAUCUUCAUUCGUUGCUUUUGUGCGAAGAAGUAAUUCCAAGAAGUCCAGCGCCCCCUAGCGAACCAGUGAGCAGUCAGGACAUUAAACCGAUGAAGUCUGUUUUAGAAAUGCCAUUCGCGAGUGCUCCAAGUACAAGUAAUAAUAAGAGUAUGUUGUUAGAUCAAAAGAAGGCUGCAGAAUCUCCACCUCACAUGGAAAUACAAGAAGAGAGAGAAAAUCGACUGGAAAAUUCUACUGUGAUUGAUAAUACCCCACCCACGACACCAGAGAGCAGUAUUAGUAAUUUGUCGCUUAGAGGAGAUGCAGGUAGCUUCUCUCCCAAUAUGGGCGACAACGAAAGUUGCAAAUCAAAUGAUAUUGAAACUGAGUAUUUACGACAAAGGAAUACGUCUUCAAAAGUAUCACCGUAUAGUGAGGAAGAUACUCAGAUGAUGGGUGACAUAAAGAAGCCAGCAUCUUGUAAGAAACGAAGAAAGUCUUUAAGAAAUUCUGAAGAUACCAUGCCUCUAAGUGGCAAAAAGAGUAAAAAGAAUAGGUCCAGACAUAAUAGUGACAGCGAUGACACUUCAGACCAUUCUAAUACUGGCAGUGCCAAAAUAUCGGCGUAUAAUCGACCAAAUCGAUCUCCUCGACCAUCACAAUACAAUUUCUACGUUGAAUUUGAUUCAAGUUUAGACAGCGUUCAACGGAUAUCAAUACUUCAGCAAAAGUUGGCGGAGCUGAGGAAGACGUACGCUGAUGUUAAAGCGGAACUUGCGGUUGUUGAAAGGCGAAGGAAAAAGAUUAGAAGGCGAGAAAGAGAAGCACUAAAGGCAGCUAAACAAGAAUUAGCCUGCGCAUGAUCCAGAUCGAAUCCAAUACGUAAAUCUAUUUCAUGACGAAAAAAGGACAUUACAUAAGCUUUUAAUUAUUUGUAUAUAAUAUACUUACUCUAAGUUUUCAAUAAAUAGUGAUGUAGAUUUGUUAAAAGCAGCAAAGAAAAAGGCUCUUAUACACCGAAUGAUUAUUUUUCAAUGGCAUUCUUUUUGCAUGCAUUUGGUGUAUUCUCCAAGAAAUUGUAUUAUGUAAAUUAUAUUAAUUUUCUUAAUUAAUUGUCUUUGUACACAUAGAAUCAUAAGAAUAGAGAAGAAGUAUAAUUGUUAUUACAGUAACAGUCGUAUUUUGUAAAUUAAUAUAUAAGAAACAAAUUUUGAGCAAUAGUGUUUUACUUCCAAUAAAGCAAAAAUUAAAUUUUAUAAUAUACUACAUUAAUUUAUAUAAAUAUCAUCUAUACAGUGAUAGACCAAGAGGCAGCGCUGAAAAAUAUCUUUGAAUUUACUAAAGCUAGAUUUUUCACAGUUGA